GUAUCACUUUUAAUGCAUCACAUUUCGUUCUUAAGAAAGAAUUUGUCUUAAGAAAUCACACCUCAAGGUAAUUGACGUCUGCGGAUGACGUUUGGUGGUCAUUUUGCUUCAUCCGGGCCGGCUUGACGGUCGGUUUUCGGCACAACGAAACAUAUAGAGAAGGCCUGGGUCGAGUAAGUGUAGAAAAUGGCCGGUUCCUGUAUCACGUAUGUAUAGAAGACGCCGUUACAGGCUGUUUCGGCCGAGGUAUGAUUGGAGUAUGAUUAGAGAUCAAGUAGGAGAAACGGCUUACGGGAACGCGUAUUUGGAAAUCGAAGUUAAAAAUCCUCGAACUCACAUCGAAAAUGAAAAGGCACAGUACACGGACUAUGAAAUUGACUUGAAGACCAACCAUCCAGCAUUUCCACUGUUCCAUUCCCGUGUUCGAAGAAGAUAUUCUGAAUUUGUUUGGCUCAGAAAUAAACUGGGGCUUGAUGACAUGGUCAUGAUGCAUGUCCCUCGACUGCCAAGAAAACAGCUUAUUGGACGGUUUAAGGACAGUUUUUUACAGAAGCGCCAGCAGGGAUUGGAGAGAUUUCUGAACAGUCUUGCAAGUAGAAAUACGUUUGCAAAUGAUCCAGCAAUGCUAGUUUUCCUGCAGACGGGUUUGAGCAAACACCAAAUGGACUACUACCUCAAAACACGAACUCCUGGCGGGAUUAGAUCACUUGUGCUCAGAUUACAUGACAAGAAACUGAGGAAAGAUGAGGAGCAAAGGAGACCAAGAACAAAGACAUUCAGUGCGGAAUAUCCAUUGACGGAAAAGUCACAGACUCUUAAAUCCAAGAGCUAUGGUAAAGGCUGGUCAAGUUAUCACAGUGACGAUCUGUUUGGGUUUGGUGGUGAUAGAACUGAAGUGGAUACUCCAACGUACAAAGACAUGAAGAAAUGUCGCAGUAUCAGCUGUAUUGCAUAUCCUAGUGGUCUGUUGACCCUCCCCACAAUUCCUGGUAGUUGCGAGGAUGGUAUAGAAAGCAUGGGAAGUACUUCAGCUGCAGAAGGGGAAUCACAGAUUGAGGAACAUCCAUUAAGUCGUAGCUGGCAUGGGACGCCUAGAGAUGAAAUAGACCUUGUUCUAGAGGAUUAUGAAAUAAUUCCAUUUGAUCCUAUCGCACAAGUGGGAGUUGAUGUUGACACAUCGGAUGAGUUCUUUGAUAUGGACUUAGACCUGGACUAUGUAGAUAUCAAUCCGGAUAUGGAAAGUGGAAGAGAGCAUCGGUUUGAUUACUAGCCUUAAAGUCAAUAACUGAGAAGUGAUCAAUACACAGGGCAACAGAUUUUCAUGAGUUUUAACAAGCAUGGAUGUAGUAUUGUCAUAUGUUUAUUUGCUGGGUAAUUAGAACAGAAGAUCAAAAGACCCUCCCAAUAUGGUGUCCUUGAGACCUCCUGCAUCCUACGGCACUAUAAGGACCGAUGAUGAUGAUGAACAUGGUGUCCUUGGAGUGGUGAAAUUAUUCAAUCGUUUAUCCUGACAUCAGUUUAGUUUGUUUGAACAGUAAAUCAGGAUUGAAAAGACACAAAGAGAGCUCCACUAAAAUUUCCACUAAUCUUGUACGUGGAUGUAGUGAGUUCUCCAGAAACCAGCUGUGACAGUCCACCUUGGAAAGGUUUCUGUCUUGAAGAUCAAUGUAGACAAGUGCAUGCAUCCAUGUAAUGAUCUUACAGUAGCAAGUUACAGUUAAGGGUUUUGAGCUUUUCAAUGUCACUGACAAUGAACAACAGUAGACAAAAGAUAACUCCUAGGAUACGAAUUUCAGAAUUUUGUGAAUAAUAAUAUUAUAAUAAAACAAUAGAGUUAAUGUUCGUGGACAUAAAUAUGUUUUGGGCCUGCAGACUCAGACUCAUUUUAGCCCGAGCCACAAGGCGAGGGUUAAAAUGAGCUCUGAGAAGGGCCUAAAGUGUAAACUCUGUUACUAUUGUUAUCACUUUGGAGGGCAUUGAGAGAAUAAAAACUGAAAAAAUGUAAACAAAACAGUCUGGUUUAUUUCAGUGGGCUGAAAUAAAUGUAUAUUUUAGCCUGCCAAAAUUCUCCACUUUAGCCCGCAAAAUGCGCCACAAUGCCCGACAAAGUGAUAAUAAUAAUAAUUAUUGUUAUAGUGUCAGGCUAAUGUACAGUGUACAGUCUCUAGUAUAUUCUGUACAGACAUGAAAAUAUUUUAAACCUCACAGAUACAGUGAUUUGAAAUGUACUUUGAGGGUGUGCUAGUCACCGUUAAACAAUAUAAUAUGUUGUGAUUGGAUAGUUGUGCGAUACAUGAUUGGAUUACAAGGUUACAAAUCACAUGCUCUGAUAGGCUGAAUGGAUGGUUAUAACACAUAAGCUGAAUGGAUAAUAACUAUAAAACACCAUUGACUGUGAUUUGAGAAAUGCAUGAUACAUAUCUAUAAUUA